UUCCGUUCCAUUCAUUCUUCUGAGCGGUUUGUUAUAGUAGUUAAGUUUACGGUUCCCGUCGGUCAGACAAAAUAGCAAAAAUAAUAUAAACAUGUAUUAGCAAAAGCCGACGGUCGGAUCCUUUUCUCGUGAGUUCUGAUGUGUGAUAGUAGUGAUGUGUAGUGCAUAAAGAUAUCGAAUUAAAGGCCGAAACGUCAGAUGCCCAAGAAUGAAUAAAAUGAACGAAGGCUGACUGAUUGACUGGGUGCGCAUCGUAAGACAGUUGUACAGCCUUGGAAUUAGGUAUUCAUCGGUAAACAGCCACCCGGACUUUAAAUGGAUUUCUGUUCUGCAUUUCAUCCAUUAGUUUCUGGCUGAGGAUAUGUGUUUAAACUAAGUGAUUAUUAUGUUGAUUUGACGGCGAAAGUUUGAUGUGAUUGUGGUUGUCGUGUAUCAUAUCGUACCAGCACUGCAAAUAUAAACAUACAGUACACGGUGGUGAUAGAGGGCCAAAACGGAACGGGAGUUUAUCAGUAGCAGCCCGAUAAACAAAAACAACCAGCGAGAAAUGUCUUCCAAAAACGAACUCAAAAAACUCUCGGAGGAGAGCCUAACCCGCCAGCCGGAGGAGGUGUUCGACAUCCUGUGCAAGCUGGGCGAGGGAAGCUACGGAUCGGUGUACAAAGCGCUGCACAAGGAAAGCGAGCAGGUUCUCGCGAUCAAACAGGUCCCGGUGGACACGGACCUGCAGGAGAUUAUCAAGGAAAUUUCGAUUAUGCAGCAGUGCGAUUCACCGUUCGUUGUUAAGUAUUAUGGCAGUUACUUUAAGAACACCGAUCUCUGGAUUGUGAUGGAAUACUGCGGAGCUGGGAGUGUGUCGGAUAUUAUGCGACUGCGAAAAAAGACACUAUCGGAGGAUGAAAUUGCGACGAUCCUGAUCGAUACCCUAAAGGGCCUAGAGUAUCUGCAUCUGAGAAGAAAGAUUCAUCGAGAUAUUAAAGCCGGCAACAUCCUACUGAACUCGGAAGGUCACGCCAAGCUGGCCGAUUUUGGUGUGGCCGGACAGCUAACGGAUACGAUGGCCAAGCGAAAUACUGUGAUUGGGACUCCAUUUUGGAUGGCUCCCGAAGUUAUAGAGGAAAUAGGCUACGACUGUGUGGCGGACAUUUGGUCGUUGGGAAUUACGGCACUGGAGAUGGCCGAGGGGAAACCGCCCUACGGCGACAUUCAUCCGAUGAGGGCAAUUUUUAUGAUACCAACAAAACCGCCACCAUCGUUUCGCGAUCCGGACAUCUGGAGUUCGGAGUUUAUUGACUUUGUCAGUUUGUGCCUGGUGAAAAAUCCCGAGGAACGGGCGACGGCUACAGAUCUGUUGACGCAUGAGUUUAUAGGCAACGCCAAACCUUGUAGCAUUCUGAGUCAAAUGAUAGCGGAAGCCAAGGAAAUCAGAGAAAAUCAAAGCUAUAGACAUGCGGCUGCAAUCAGUCAGGCGAAUAAACAACUGCAAAACAACAAUAACAACUGCCAUGAGGGUGAUUCGGAAGAAGACGAAGUUAAUUCGAGGACAAUGAAAGAGUUCCCGGAAGACUGUGGAACCUUGGUUCCAGGGCGGGACGAUGGGGAUGGCACAAUGAUAGCUCACACAGAUUGUGGAACUUUAGUUCCGGACAGUGAAACGAUGGUAGAAUUGCAAUCGAAUCUCGGCACAAUGGUGAUCAACUCCGAUUCAGAAGAAUCUACAAUGAAAAGACACGACACCAACCCGGACAAGCCUAAAUACCGACCACUGUUUCUGGACCACUUCGAUAAGAAGGAAGCCGAAGCGGUAAACUUUGUCACCAAAUCUAGUAAUCAGCAUAGCUACGAAGAGGACAGUCCCUCCUCCCCGGAGGAGGCAAUCCAGGAUGCUUCCCCACAGCGGCCUCAACCUCAGGUACAGACAACUCCUACCAAGCAGCCAAAUCCUUCAGCUCCUCCCCUGACACAAAAUCUCGAGGAACAGCACCUGAACGAUGAACGACAGCGGUUUCAGUCGCACCUACAGCUGCAACUUAACCAAAUCUCCGCUGUCAGUCCCAACAUGCACCAGGUACAGUACCAGCAGUCGCCAAUCGCGGUAACGCCCGAAGGGUUGGGCGGUGGUGUAGGUGGAAAUGGAGGAAUGGAAGCCCACAAUAGGAUCUAUAACAAUAGAAUCAAUCUGAUUGAUAGUGAAUAUGAUUCGCUUAAAUUUCUGAACUACGAACAGCUGGAGCAGCGACUGGCCAGCAUCGACAAAGAGAUGGAGAAAGAGCUGGCGGAAACGAACAAACGCUACCAUGCCAAGCGGAAGCCCAUCAUCGAUGCGAUAGAGGCGAAACAGCAGAAGCGACAGCAAAAGUUGGAGGAAUUCUGAGUGCUGGAAGUUGUACACUACAGCAAAUGGGUCGAUUUUAUUUGUUAGGAUUGAAAAAAGUUUAAUGUUUUAGUUCCAAUUUUUGCAGCCUGUAGCUUUCACUGCAACAUACAUUGUGCGAGGCAAAACCUAUUUAUGCAUUACAUACGACGACUUUAUCAUCCUCGAUCACCGCCUUCAUUCCCACCUCCCUGGCUGCCUAAGCGUUAUUUUAGUGAAAUAGAGUAAAUCCAUGCUAACAGUAGUAGUCUCUUUAAAUUUGUUUACUCUAAUAAUGAGCAAUUGGUACUUUGCUCGUCGUCGGUUUCAUAUUUCAUGGGACUGAAUAAUACUAAUUUUAUGCAAAUUAUUGACCAGUUUUUUGUGGAUAGUUUUCUUAAUGAACAAGUAAUCUAGGUUUUUAUUUCGGUCGCCUUUUCAGUAUGGACAGAGAUGUGAACAAUUUUUUUAGCGAAGUCAAUUUUAUUAUUUUCAUUGAUCAUGUUCCGUCCCACCACGAUCAGUUUGUUCCAAUGUGAUCUGGUAAGACAUGAUUCUUUAUCUUAAAUCAAAAGAUUAGAUGCCAAAUUCUCCUAUGUCAAGUAAAAAGUUAUCAUUCAUCGUAUAAGAAGGGCUAAAUGAGAACAAAAAGAAUUUAUUGCGGAUUAUAUCAAAUUUGGUGCUCACAGCUGAAACUAAAUUUUCUGUUCUGAAUAAAGUAUAGCCUAAAACAUUAUUAAUUUAACGUUGAUAACCUGAACCUUAUUGAACAUUUCACGAAAAGCAACAAAUAACAAUACACACCGUGUCGAUAACAAAACCAGUAAAAAAGGACCUCAUGAAAAUCCAGGACAAGUGCAGAGUAACCAAACCAAUUUGUAUAUUUACGAAUAUGUACGAAGCAAGUAUAACUAACAGCAUAAACCACAGUGAGAGAGGGAGCCAAUACUGUUCACACCAUGCCUAUUUAGCUGAAUUGCAUUUUACAAUAGUCAUAGUCAGCAAAACAACUGAAACUGGUACCCUUUUCUUGCAAAACUGGACCUAGAUCGAACUAGAGGAAACCCUACAAAACAAGGUGAAAUACUCCAGUAGCAAAGCAACUAGAAUCCAGAGAUAAAUUUUAAUAAAUCCAUACAAAUAUAAAGUUGCCAUGUGUCAAAUAUAGACAUUUAUUCUA